AUGCGGAUCCUCGCCUGCCUUGUGGUGUUUUCACUGAGAGGGGCAUCUGCCUUCGACAAGCUGGGGAAACCCGACGACGAGCCCUGCUCUUUCGCAGAGACGGCAGCUGGGGCCGUACUGAUCCCGAGCGCCCACGCCCUUCAGCAAUGCAACCACAAGGUUUGGUCCGGUUACUAUCAGCGCACGCUCGACAUGGCCGCGCGGCCUCCUAUCAAAAUCUGGGAGCUCCGGACACUGCAAUCGGGUCACUUCAUCUUCCCAUCUCACCCUCUGGGCCCUCGCAACAUGAUGUGGCAAAUCCACUUGUGGACUAAGAACGUCACGACCAGCUCUUUGAACAAGCACUUCUUCUCAGAAUUCCCCACCACCUCGCAACCCAUCAACUGUGGCCUGACGAUCUCAAAGCCCGUGACUCUGUACAGGGCUUUCGCUCCGCGUUAUUUUCAGUAUGGGCACGUGAUCACGGACUUACUGCCUAUGGUGUUUUGGAUUUACACGACGAUGGACACCUCGACCAUUGCCGUGGAGACAGAUUCCAAAGGGAAGAUUCCGCAAUUCCUGCAGUGGUUCGACAGCAAGUUGCAUGAGAGAAUCGUCUACGUGCCUGCAGACACCAUCGUGUGCACAGAGAGCAAAGUCACGGUGCUGAAUCCCAAAAGCUGGGUGGUGCGGCCCGAGCUGCUCAGGCUGUCCGCGCUCGUCGCGCACGUGCGGCAGCACGUGACGCAGAAGGUGGCCUCUGGCACGGUUGACCGAGUCAUCGCCUACGAGCGGCUUGAGGGGACCACGACGACUGGGAGGCUCUUGGACAAGUCGCAGUUCCGACGCCUCGUGGACUUGGCCAAGGACGCCUUGCGCGCGGCGCAGCGGCCUCCUGACAGCAUCGUGCUGUACAAUGGCAAGGAUGGCGACAAGCCAAUGAGUUUCGAGCAGCAGUACAGGCUCUUCAGCUCAGCAUACCUGGUCUUCGGGCCCCAUGGGGCUGGGAUGGGUAACGUCCUGUGGAUGCAGAGCGCGGACUGCACCGCGCGCCCGGCGGUGAUCGAGUUCAUCUGCUCCACAGACACCCGCAGUGUGACGGGAUGUUAUGUGACGAACGGCCUGAAGAAGCUGAACCGAAUCAUGAGCUUCUGGCGCCUCCUUGCGGGAGCUCCCUGGGUGCGAUACUUCCACGUGUGGAUGCUGCACCACGACGACCACGAGAGCAACGUUGCGUCGGUGGACGAAGUCGGCUUCAACAUCAGCUUGUACGCGGCGCUGAGGGGCGCGGGCCCGCAAAUGCGGCGCCUGCGGGGCCUUAGGGUUUAG